GUUCGGGCGCCGCGCGCGCGAUGACGAGCGAACGGGACGCGCGAAGUGACACCGAACGCAUCGCGCGCGCGUUCACGUCGUACGUCGACGACUAUCGCGCCGACGCACGACGUUUCGGCGUCGGUGUCGACGAAGACGACGAGUCCUUCGACGUGCGCGCGCUCACGGCGCUGCUCGAAGGCGACGACGAGGGCGGGCUUGCUGGGUUACGAGCGUUGAUUGCGGAGAUGGUGCGGGCGUUGACGACGGAGGACGACGGCGGCGACGUCGAGGACGCGCUGCGCGAGACGGCGAGCUUGUUGCGCCAGGCAGCCGCUGGGAAACUGAGAGAGUUUGCCGACGCGACGAUCGACGCUCGGACGACCGUGAGAAACACUAUCGCGCUCACGCCGGCAUUCGUGGUGAAGACGAGGGAUGCGAGUGGGAUGAAGGUGUUCGUCAACGUGUGCGCGAGCCACGACGUCGCGGCGCCCGCCGCGGGCAACGACGAGUGGCGUCGGGGGCUAAUGCCUAAGCGCGUCAUCGCCGCGCUCGAGCACAAAAAGCACUCCGUUCGAGACGGAGACGACGACGCUUUGGUGUUCCCUCUGCGCGAAGGACGGGCGCGCGCGGACGUCGACUCUAACGCGAAUCCGUGCACGGUGUUCGACGUCGCCUUCAACGACGUCGUCCUGCGUCACGCGGAGGUCUACAAGCCGCUGAAGCGACUCAUCGCAGAGCUAAGUUUGCGACGAUGCCGAGAAACGUACGGGAUAGCGCUCGAUACCGAAUAUAGAUUGCCGGCGCGAAAGUUCAUCGGCGCCGACCCGCCUCCGCCGCUGCGACUUCUCGCGGAGACGCGUCCUUCCCUGGUUGAGACGCGAACGGUUGUUCAGAACACGCCGAGCGUGUCACGUGCGGAGAUACGAAGCGGGAUCGAUCACUCCAUCGAAUUUCUCGGGCGGCCGGUGACAUCCGUAAAGCUUCGCGUAGGCGUGCCGCGAGGCAAAAGCGCUCGCGAUGUCGGCGUCCACGUCGUUCGUGAAGCGUUGACUGUGGACGUCACGGGAUUACCCUCCGAACGCAUCGAACUACCAUUCAUGCUCGACGCCGAGAGUGCGCGAGGUUCGUGCGUCGACGGAGGGCACACGAUCGAGUAUAACGUCGCGUAUCUCCCGUACGACGUCGCCGUCGACGCCGCGCGAGCGAGGCUCGCGAAACCAACGAAUUGACGUAGCGGAUAGAACGUAGCG